CCCCCCCCCGGUUGCUAGGCGGGGCCUAGCGCGGCCCGGUGCGGCCUAGCGCGGCCCGUGGGGGGCGGGCGGCGGUAUGCAGAGGGAGGUGGGCAGCCUGCCGCUCGGCCCCGCGCUGAGGGCCAGGCUGGCGGCUGCCGGCUUCCAGACCGCGCAGGAGCUGCUGGACACCGGGCCCUGCGGGCUGAGCAGAGAAAUUGGAAUCUCCAAAGAAGAGGCACUGGAGGCAUUGCAGGUUGUAAGGCAGGAAUGUUCUGGCGAUGCAGCAAGGACUGCUGGGGGAGCUGGCACCACCAGAAAGUGCACAGCACUGGAGCUUCUGGAAGAAGAGCAGGCGCAGGGCUUCAUCAUCACCUUUUGUUCGGCCCUAGACAAUAUUCUGGGAGGUGGCGUGCAGCUGACAAAGAUCACUGAGGUCUGUGGAGCGCCUGGUGUUGGGAAAACACAGCUAUGCAUGCAGUUGGCGGUAGAUGUACAGAUUCCAGAAUGCUUCGGGGGUAUCUGUGGAGAAGCGGUGUUCAUUGACACUGAAGGAAGUUUUAUGGUAGACAGAGUAGCGGAUAUUGCAGCCGCCUGUGUGCGGCACUGCCAGCUAAUUGCUGAAGCUCAUCAAGAAGAAGAUCAUCAGAAGGCUUUGGAGACUUUUUCUCUUGAAAGUAUCCUUUCUCACAUAUAUUACUUCCGUUGCCGUGACUACAUAGAGCUUCUAGCACAGGUCUAUCUGCUCCCAGACUUUCUUUCAGAGCAUUCAAAGGUCCGACUGGUGGUGAUUGAUGGAAUUGCAUUUCCCUUUCGCCAUGACUUCGAGGACCUCUCACUUCGAACAAGGCUUUUGAACGGUCUGGCACAACAGCUGAUCAUCAUAGCGAAUGAUCAUAAAUCAGCGGUAGUUCUGACAAACCAAAUGACAACAAGGAUUGGACAAAGCCAGUCCACGUUGGUACCUGCUUUAGCUGCAGCUGUGUCAGCUAAGGAGGCCACUACUGCUGCUGGAGGUCACUGCCUCAUCCUUUAUGCUGGCUGAGCUGUUUAUGUGACUGUCUCCCAAUCCAUUUCUGCCAAAAGUGGGCCAGGUAAGCUUCAGCUAUUUAAGUAGUAAGUAAGCUGCUGGUAAAGCAGGUAAUUUAGGUUGAAACUGUCUGGUGAGUGAUCAUACAAAGAACGUAGGGAUGGAGGAGGGAGCAUUAAACCUCUGGCACAAAGGUGGCGAUGACCACGUUAAAGCACCAAGAACACGUGUCCAUAGCUUAGUGGUUGCACACCUCAAAAUACACUGCAAUUUCCUGAAUUCCCUGAGAAUCAUUCACUGCCUCUACAGAGAAGUUUAAAUUGUUUGUUUUGCCAUUACACUUGAACAUGUUUCUAUUGCUUAUUUGCAAAGGUGUUUCUUGGUGCAUGGCUGGAACUGCCUACCCAUUGCUCCCUGCAGCUAGGAUGUAGAGGGGAGUUCUUUGUGGGAUCCUCAAUUACAGCCUGCCCAUAGUGUGUUUAAGUGUUCUUUUUACGGGCUUCCAUUUCACCCUGUAAUGAGCAGAAUACCUUGUAUAGAGUUUUCUGCUGGUCCGGUCUCCCUAGCCACAGGGGAAAAUAGAGCAGCUCUUCUGAAGUAGAGGUUUUGACAAAUUAAGAGUUAAAUUCUGAGCUUUUUCUUCUUGUAGGUCAUAACUACACAUUAUUUUGUGAUGCAGUUAAAGGGCACAAAUUCUCUGACCACAGCUUCAGUUUCUGUGAACUAAGUAAUGAACCCCUUGUCCUGGAGGGGAAGGAGAGAAAGGGGACAGUACAAAGGCAAAGAUGUUCUCAGUGUCUGUACAGGCAUUGAACCAUUAGGCACAGAUGUAAGAUAAGAUGAACAAAUACAGAUCAUCUCCUUGGAGAAUGUGGAACUCUGAGCUGUGCAUGCAGAUAAAGCACCAGCUUUCAGUAUCUGACCCUUUUUGUCAUUUUUGCCUCUUGCUCUCUGAUGUAUUAGUUAUUUUUGGCAGCCUUUCUGGCUAUAAACUGAAUUAAAGCUAAUAGAUUCUGUCCUUUUUAAAUAGCCAGCAAUGUUUGAGAGCUAUUCUGUUUAUUAAGUUGCAGGGACAAUAAAGAAUAUGAAAGGAUUCAGAGCAGGCUAUAAUUCAUAGGCAUCACGUAUUGUCUUGCGCAUAUUUUUACUUUUUACAAACAUUUAAUUUGACAUAACCUCCUAUUGACCAUAAACUGAUUGUGACUCUCACCAGAGCGUGUGUAACCACAUGGUGUUGUUGAACUAAAUAGUAUGUACUCCUGCAAAAUUGAGGGUUUGUAGCAGCUGGUAAAAUAUUCAAGCAAGGAGAUGUUCUGUUCAUUCUAAACAGCAAUAUCUCAAGUUGAGUAUUUCAGAAUGAUACAAAGCUGUUUUCAAUUUGAUGUGAAUUUAUUCCAUAGACUCAGUGCAAGUAUUGAGCUGAUGGAUUACGGUGUGGCUUUUUAUGACCCUCUCUGAAAGGAUGCUAUUUCAACAGCCCCAUCGUAAAGGCUAAAGAACCUCAUACUCAGCUAUGCUUGGUUGUAGCCAAAUAAACUAGGAAUGGGUCAGGAGCAAAACCCCAAGUGAAAUGAAUCCUAUUGCCUCCCCUACAUAUUUUUUCCCCCAUUGACUGGUAAGCCUUUGACAUUUCUAAGAUUGUACAAAAGCAUUAAUCUCUAAACUCUUACUCAUCUUCCUAGCAGAAGGGAAGUUCUUAAUUAUGAGGAAAAAAAGCACAGAUGCUGCAAGGUAUUAAGUCAAGAGCUUUAUGGAGGGGCAGCUUUCUUUCCCACCAGUGAUAGCUAAGCUGGGUGUUCCUAGACAUUUCUACUUGAUAUAUUUAGAAAGGAGGUCAAAUAUUAAUCUGCAACCAGUUUAACUCAGAAAUGUCUCAUUUUACAGUAGCAUACUUUUCUUGUAUUUGAUAGAGUUGGAAAAAUUCUGGUGUGGAAUUUGUACCCAUUGUAAAAUGUGUUUUGAUCUCUGACUUGGAACUGUGUCUGGUAGCCAAAAUCUCAAAUUAAAUACCAUGCAGUGGGGUCUGGCAAGAUGCCUAGAGGGCCUAGGUCUUCAGCCAAAUCAUGUUUUUUUCUUUACCAUGCUACAAUGAGUACCAGAGCCCAUGG